AUGGAAUUACGUCUAAAAAGUUUUUACGAUAACUACAGACAAAGUAUUUUACGACUGUCUUGUCUAGCAUUGUUGGGGGCUACAAUCCUGGGUUCAAGCUCUUCAGUUACAGAGAGAAAGGAUAAACAACUUAAAAAGGGAGAAGAUACAAACGAAGAUGGGAGGAAAAAGUGGAAGAAGAAGCUAAGCCACAUAAAAAGACAAACGAGAAAGAGUAAUGUAGAGUUUGAUUUUGCAAAUGACUCUAACGCUACUGAUGAAGACUUAUCAUUAAGAGAUAAUGAAAAAAGUUUGAAUAAGAAUCAAGAGGAUGCAGGUGAUAUCGGAAACGAAAAUGAAACAAGUGAUCUCCAACUUGAGAUUCCAAAAAUGAAGAAAGAUAAAGAUUUUCUUUUGAAACUUAUUCUACGAAACAAGAAAUGUGUAAUGUUAUUAGUAAUGCAAUCAAUUUUACUUAUUAUUAGAACCAUGUUAUCACUACAUGUCGCAACAUUAGAUGGUAAGUUAGUUUCUAGUUUGGUGAAAGGGAGAUAUACCCUUUUUUUAAAGAUUCUUUUGGGGCAAUGGAUGACUUUAGGUAUCCCAGCAAGUUUUAUUAACAGUUUGAUCACAUAUACUACUAAAUUAUGCUCGGUCACUAUAAAUAGACAAGUUUCAAAUAUGAUGUUGAAUAAGUAUCUUUCCAAUCAUCGCACAUUUUAUGCUGUAGCUAGUAAUUCCCCAGAAAUUCAGGAUAACCUAACAAGAGAUAUCUACGAUUUUUCAACAAAUAGUUCUUUGCUUUUAAAUCAACUAUUGAAACCAACGUUAGAUUUAAUUCUUUGUUCUUUUAAAUUAUUGAACUCUAAAUCGAAUAUGAUGGGUGAAGGAACAUUUAUUUUAGGUCUAAUUGUUUACACCUCAAACAUGUUAUUGAAGUUGAUUCGCCCCGAUUUUACUAAAUUGACCAUUAUUAGGUCAUCAUUGGAAAGUUAUUUUAGGACAUUGCAUUCACAUCUGCAUUCGAACAACGAAGAAAUAGCAAUACUUAAGGGACAAGAUAGGGAACUGACAACAUUAGAUUACUCUUUUUAUAAUCUCGUUCUGUUUUUAAACAGAGAGAUAAAGGCCAAAGCAUUAUACGACCUAGCCUCUACUUUUAUCAUUAAAUAUACAUGGGGUGCAGCAGGUUUAUCUUUAUGUUCAAUUCCAAUAUUUUUUGGUCUCAGUAAUGGUAACAUUGGGGAUGGUAAGAUAGAUAUUACAGCAGACUUUAUCACAAAUAGACGUUUACUUUUGACAGCAUCUAGUUCAUUCGGAAGAUUCAUUGAAUUGAAGAAGAAUAUUCAACAAUUAAAGGGUACGAGAAUCAGACUAAACGCUUUCAAUGAAAUAUUGGACAAGUAUCAACAGAAUGAAGAAGAUAUUGAGCCAUUGAAUAAUAAUCUUAUUGAGUAUAAUGACAACAUAAUAAAGUUUGAUAAUGUACCAUUAAUUACACCUGCUAAUCAAGUUUUAGUUGAAUCCUUAAACUUUGAACUACAGAGUGGUGACCAUCUCCUCAUUAUAGGGCCCAAUGGAUGCGGCAAAUCUUCACUCUUUAGAAUUCUAGGUGGUUUGUGGCCAGUUCUGGAGAAUUCAAAUGGGAAACCAACUAAACUGACUAUGCCAAAGAGAACAAACACGGGAGAAUGUUUAAUAUUCUAUCUUCCCCAGAGACCAUAUAUUGGUAUAAAUUCCACUUUUAGGGAACAAAUCAUAUAUCCAGAUUCAACAGAACAAUUUCUUGAAAAAUAUAAUGGCGAUAUCGAUAAGGGAGACAAUGAUUUGUUUAACAUAUUGAAAUUGUUAGAUCUUGAUGACCUUGUCAUUGAAAAUAUGACACUUGCAUUAGCUCAAAGUGUUCCAAAAACCUUAUCAUUAACUGAAGAAAAUACUUCAUCAAAUGUUCAUGUCAAUAAGUUAGCAGAACAACCAUCUGUGAGUCUUAAGGAAGCAUUUGAUAUAGUUCGCAAAUGGACUGAAGAACUGUCAAUAGGUAUUCAACAAAGGCUAGCGAUGGCUCGUAUGUACUACCACAAACCCAAAUUUGCCGUGUUAGAUGAAUGUACCUCAGCAGUGUCUCCAGAAAUGGAACAAAAAAUGUACGGUAUUUCAAAGGACUUUGGCAUUUCUUUAAUUUCCGUUUGUCAUAGGACGAGUUUGUGGCAUUUCCAUAAUCGUUUAUUGAAAUUUGAUGGUAAAGGUGGUUACAAAUUUGGUGAAUUCGAUCCUAUCGAGAGGAUACAAAAUGAAGAACGAUUAUUAGAGUUAAACAAAAUUUUAGAUAAGGAUGUACCUGUGUGGACCAAACGAUUAGACGAUCUAUCUGUAGCUAGGUCCUCUAAUAUGAUCCGUAGAUCACAAUCAGAUUUAAAGCAACUUAAAAGUAAUAGCAUUUCGAAACCUGAUUUCUCAGGUACAGAUUUGAUAGAACGAGAUGGAAAAAAGCAAUUCCCAAUACCCAAAAAAAGUUUUGAGCCACUUCAUCGUUCCAUCAUUGGCUCAACUAAACGCCUUCCAAUAGUUACUAGUAACAAGGAAAGUCCCUUGAAGAAGGGAAUCGAAAAGAAGAAGAAACAAAAUAAUAAAAUACAAGCAGAGGUGGAUUAA